AUGAGAAUUAUAAAAUUUCACGGGCAGUUGCGUAAUUAUCUAGUGAAAGGCUUACACAGUGCGCGUAAUAUGAUGGAAGAUGGCAGAAUAAAGAAGGAUAAGGAAACUGCUCUCGUAAUGGAGCUUAUCGAUGAUUUGCUCUUCACAAUCAGAAGUUUAGCUAUUGUAGAUGGACAUAAGGAUGAUUACUAUUUGCGGAUAGUCAAAGGUUGCAUGAAUAUAUCAACAGUAGUAUUGGAAAAGUCCAUCUUCAAUACAACUAGUAUUUUAAGACUUGAACAAGCAAAGGUCUCUAUUAGUAGAAACAAUCUCUUCACUAUCAACAGGUUUAAAUCUGCGUUCAGUUAUAUAAGUGUUGUACGGGUCGCUUGUGGAUUUGCUAAAAGAAACAGCAGUGUUCAAUGGAAGGGUGACUGGAGUUCAAAAAGUUAG